AUGUCCAGCCUUUUACGGCUAUUUGCCACUCUGACCCUCCUUCUUGGAGUGGCUCUGAUGCUCUUCUCGCAGCCUGCAGAGGCGGCCAAGGGCCCCAAGAUUACCCACAAGGUGUACUUCGAUAUCACUCAUGGCGAUGAGCCAAUUGGACGCAUUGUCAUGGGCCUCUAUGGCAAGACGGUUCCUGAGACCACGGAGAACUUCCGCGCCUUGGCUACUGGCGAGAAGGGUUUCGGCUACGAGGGAUCGAACUUCCACCGUGUCAUUAAGAACUUUAUGAUCCAAGGCGGUGACUUUACCAAGGGUGAUGGCACCGGCGGCAAGUCGAUUUACGGCGACCGCUUCAAGGACGAAAACUUCAAGCUCAAGCAUUCCAAGAAGGGCCUUCUCUCCAUGGCCAAUGCUGGAAAGGAUACCAAUGGCUCGCAGUUCUUCAUCACCACGGUCAUCACUUCAUGGCUUGAUGGCCGCCACGUCGUCUUCGGCGAGGUCCUCGAGGGCUACGACGUCGUUGAUAUCAUUGAAAACGUUCCGAAGGGCGCCUCUGACAAGCCCGUCAAGGCAGUCAAGAUUGCUGCGAGCGGAGAGCUGCCGGUGCCAGCAGAAGCUUCUGAAUAUGGCUCCUCUGAAUGGGCCAUUGGUACCGAUGGCGAGGCAGAAGAAAUUCCUGCGACGGAAAUUCCCGACUCCGACAAGGAAGACGCUCCCGCUGUUACCGCCACCUUGACCUCGCCGGCCAUUCCUGCACCGACCUCCACCGAGAAGGCCAACCCAUUCGACACUGACGGCAGUUCAGAGGGGUGGUCUGUGCUGCAGAAGGCGUUUCUUUUUAUUAUCAUCAUUGCUGGUAUCUACGUCUGGAUGAGAAUAUCGAAGCGCAACGGCGCGAAGGCUGGCUACGAAAAGACAACGGUGUAG